AUGACCAUGGACAAGAAUGCCACUACCAUGGGGGUCAAUGAAGAUCCGUUGCCUUUGAACCCUGAGUCUCCGAGGGUGGAGGGUGAGGAGGAGGAUCAACAGGAUGGUGUGAGAGUUGCUGAGGCGGUCACUUCUUCUUGGUCGAGACGCUCUUUGAUCAUAGUCUAUGCUUCGAUGUGGUUGUUAUACUUUGUCAACGGUCUGAACAGCAGUCUUACUGCCAAUCUGUCGGCCUAUAUCACCAGUGAUUUCUCGGAACACUCGCUACUCACUGUGAUCAGUGUUGUGACCAGUGUAAUGGGCGCUGCUUGCGUGAUGCCAAUUGCAAAGGUUCUGAACUUGUGGGACCGAACCCUGGGAAUCUCCAUCAUGGUUUUGAUUGCCAUCAUGGGUCUCAUUAUGAUGGCUUGUUGCAACAAUAUCGCGACAUACUGUGCUGCGCAGGCAUUCUACACGGUCGGAUUCACCGGUACAAUUUUCUCAAUUGACGUGAUCACCUCGGAUACCUCCUCCCUCCGCAAUCGUGGUCUAGCAUACGCUUUCACCUCCUCGCCUUAUAUGAUCACCGCGUUUGCAGGAUCCCCAUUGUCCAACCAAUUCCACGAAACCAAUUGGCGAUGGGCGUACGGAACUAUCUGCAUUAUUCUUCCGAUUGUUGCGCUGCCUUUGAUUGUUACGUGGGAGUUGGCGAAGCGAAAGGCUGAUAAGGAGGGUCGGCUGCACUACAAGGCUCGCAGCACUCGGACUUGGAUGCAGAGUGUUUGGUUCUAUAUCAUUGAGUUUGAUAUUAUCGGUAUCUUCCUCAUGAUCGGCGGCCUGAUCCUCUUCCUUACAUCGUUCAAUAUCGCCGGUAACACCGAAGGAGAAUGGGAGUCACCCAAGAUCAUCGCCAUGAUGGUAGUUGGCUUCUGCGUUCUAGUCGCCUUCGUCGCUUACGAGCGCUGGGGAGCACCAAAGCCCUUCAUCCCAUUCUCGCUCCUCGCCAACCGAACCGUGAUCGGCGCGUGUCUUUUGUGUAUCACCUACCAGGUCUCCUACUACUGCUGGGCCAGCUACUUCACCUCCUUCCUACAAGUCGUUUUCAACACCAGCCUCACUCAAGCCGGUUACAUCGCUGCUAUCUUCGACUUCAUGGACCCUGUCUGGCUUCUUGGCUGUGGAUACUUGAUCCGAGUCACUGGUCGGUUCAAGUGGCUGCUCAUGUUUGCCGUGCCGCUCUACCUCCUCGCUAGUGGAUUGAUGAUCUAUUUUCGUUCCCCCGGUCACAAUGUUGGAUACAUGUGCAUGUGCCAGAUUUUCCUGGCCGUCGGUGGUGGUACUAUGAUCUUGAUUGAACAAGUUGCCGUCCUGGCCGCUGCCAGUCACGAAGACUACGCUGCCAUGUUGGCACUGCUUAGUGUCUUCGGUAACGUUGGUGGUGCUGUUGGUAGCAGUGUCUCAGGUGCGAUCUGGACCAACACACUUCCCAAGAAAUUGCAGGAGCUGUUGCCUGCAGACACUGUGGAUCAGUGGGCGGAUAUUUACGAGUCGUUGGAUAUUCAGCUUAGCUUUGAAGUUGGAUCUCCUACCCGCAUCGCUAUCCAGAAUGCGUAUGCUUUCAGUCAGCGCAACAUGAUGAUUGCGGGUACUGCUGUUAUGGCUUUGUCUAUUGGUUGGGUGCUGAUGAUGAAGAAUAUCAAGGUGAAGGACAACAAGGACGUGUCAAAGGUUUUGUUCUAA